AUGACAGCUAAUAUCACUGUAAGAUUUCUCUUAUCAGCCCUAAGAUGCUUUCCUAACGGAACCAUUGUGGUUCCCAACCCCAACUUCCGGUUCAAGACGGUGAACGUGACGUCAGAGACGUGUCGUCUGAGAGUCGCUGAUGUGCAUGUGGAGGUCUGGCUCGACCAAUGUCAGCUGGACGCGAUGCACAUAGUGACCUUCAGGGAACACAACGUGUCGGGUCUCGUCACAGAGGACAACUACAUCUCACAGCCUGUCGUCUGCAGACAGAUCCCGAACGAGGGCGUCACGCGUGACGUCAGUGUGGGACUUCAUAUCACCGAGGACAUCCCCAUACCAACGAAGGACGUGGACUUGCCGAACGUUGUCCGCAUAAUAACUCGUCUUGGGGAAGACACUUCCGGCACGGAGGUCCUAGUGCAGGACGCAAGGAAGAUCGUCUUGGAUUUACAGAUAGAUGCAGUACGUCAUCCGGCAAAGUGAGCGACUUUUUCCCGACUUUCGGCGCUGGCGGCUUCCUGACGCUAUUUCCGGUCGGCUUUACGGACCGUCUCGAUUGUGUGUUCCGUACGAGUGUGUCUGCCCAGUGAUACCAAGAACUGCAAUGCGAAAUGCGGAUUUGAUGGAAACAUAAACGGAAGACGCCGACGCAGAUAUUACCGAAAGCGCUCUACUUUCGGUCUGAGGUCAGAAGUCGCCAUUCUAACGCUUCACUUUGACAAACCGCAUGUGACGUCAUCCGCAAACAACACACAUAUCCCGAUGGCGCCGCCGAUCACAUUUAUGUUGCUGCUAGUUUCUGUUCUUUCUGUAAUUGGUGUUCACAACUAUAACUGACAGUGGCUGUUGA